AGCAAAAAAAAGAAACAAAUUUUAAUAUUAUUUUAUUCCAAAUAAAUAAAUAAAAAUCCGGAAUGAAUGCUCCGGAGUUUAAAGAUACUGUUUGCCGCAUUUGUUUGGAUGAAAAUGUAGUAUUGGAUUGGUGCAAUACAUUAGUGGAACACUGUAAUAUAACCUACAGAGAUUGUUACUACAAAUACACGCAACUGAAAUGUGAAGAAUCUGACCCAUUCUCGUCUAUGCUAUGCCAAAAUUGUUCAAAUGGCUUAGAAGAUGUGCAUACUCUAAUUUUAAAAGCACUUGACUCCUAUAAUUUCCUUAUGGAUGUAAAUAGCGUCAAAUGCGAAAUGUACAUAUACAGUGAAGACGAUACAUCAAAUAUAGAGGAUGAUAGAAAUAUUGAAGACGAUACCAUUAUAGAAGAAGUUACAAUUAUUGAAGACGAUCUAACUAUUGAAAACGAUCUAAACUAUACAUCAACUGAAUUUGAAACAGUACUAGUGGAAAAAACAGAUACAGAAUCAAUGGAAUAUUUUGAAAAUGAGAAUUCUGAUGAAGAGUCAUUUAAGAAUACAUCGGAAAAGCCUAACAAAGGCAUAUCAAAAAUAAACACCGCUACUAGGACAGGAUUAAGAAACCAGAAAUAUGUUAAUAUAGAAAGGAAUGAAAAAUCUGAUAUCGAUCGAGCCUUAAAAACAGAUAAUUCUGAAAGGGGUGUGACAAAGUCUAUAAAUGGAUCAAGCAAAUCAUCUAAAAGAAAAUAUACAAGUAAACCUGUAGAAGAAGUUGCUGACCAGGCCGACGACAAUAAUGAUAAACAAUUAAAGAAAACUUCUAGAAAUAGUCGACAUCGAAAAAUAACGCAAACUGAAGAAUUGGAAGAUGAAUCAAUGGAUGUUAAAAUCGAAGAUUGUGAUACGCAAACGGAAUCGGGAGUAAAAAAGAAAAAUAAAUAUGAUACGCCGAGUAUGUGUUCUAUUUGCUCUAAAAUUUUACACAACAAAUAUUCAUUACAAAAGCACGAAAGAACGCAUUCCAAAAACCGUGAACGCAAAGCAACUUGUCCCAUAUGUGGCAUUAAGUUUUUUGAGAAACAUUAUAUCAAGGCCCAUAUGCAUAUUCACAGUGAAAAUAGGAUAAAGAAGCACAAGUGUGAGUUUUGUGAUAAAGCCUUCUAUGAGAAGGGGGGCCUCAAUGUGCACAGGCGAAUACAUUUGGGCCAAAUGAAAAAAUGUACUUUAUGUGCGAAAGAAUUUUUCCGCCAGGUCGAUUUAGACAUACACAUGAAUUCGCAUUCAGCCACCUCUCUAAAUGUUAAUGCGAAAAAAAGAUCCAAAUAUUGGGUACGCUGUAAGUAUUGUGAUAAAAACAUACUUAGCACGAGUUUCAAGUCUCAUACAGCUGCUCACUUGAAUGAACCUUUAAUGAAGUGUUCCAUUUGCGAUAAAGAAUUUUUCCGCCGCGAUUGCUGUACUCAACAUGUAAAGUCAAUCCAUAAAAAAUCGAAUGAGGAAUAUAAAGACUUUAUUAUAACAUACAACAAUAAUCGAUUAUCACAUUUAUAUUUAGAGCAAACGGCUGACAUACUACCUAAUGAUGAAUAGUGUACACGUAUACAUACAUGUAAACUAAAUUUACAUUUUUUAUUUAUUAUUAAGAAAUUAAAAAUUAUAAUUUCCAAUUACCAAAUAAUAUAAGAAUAUCGAAACGAUAUAAUUUAGGUUAAAAAUAUCAAAUAUCAUGUGAUAUCCGUUUUCGAAUCGUAAUUAAACGCACCAUAUAUAAUAUAUAUAUUUUUAUAAAAAUAUCA